GAACAGAUCAGAAAUGAAUGUGCAUAUUAAGCUUUCUUUUGGGUCUUCCCUUGUCCUUCUUGUGGAGGUGGCGGUGGCGCUAGCAGCUCUGUUGCAAUGUGCAACGGCGAAGACAACCCAUGUUGUAGGUGAUAGUUUAGGAUGGACACUAACUUCUGACGGUCCCAUCACUUACUCAAACUGGGCUUCUUCUCAGACCUUCACCGUCGGUGAUGUUAUGGUGUUCAACUUCAUCACUGGAAUACAUGAUGUAGCUGAAGUAUCAAAGGCGAGUUUCGAUGCAUGUGAUUCAAUUCAAACCAUCGGUUUCGUUAUCAAUAAGGGACCAGCAAGAAUCAUCUUAAGAUCCACAGGAGAGCACUACUUUAUCUGUACCGUCAUCGGACAUUGCUCGUUCGGUCAAAAGCUCGCCAUCAAUGUCACCGCUGCUUCUAGACAUGCCAACCCUCCAACUGACUCUCCUCCUCCGUCUAAAAGCCCUAUGUCUGCAACAAGACCAGCACUAUCUAUAGCACCUGAACCUGCCAAUUCUCCAGCAGUACUAACUCCUUCUCCUGCAUAUGUUAGCCUUUCUCCCAUGUCACCAGCCCCAACCCUAUCAGAAGCACCUGGACCCGCAGCCAAUCCUUUAGCUGGAAUGGCUUCUCCUCCAUCAAUGAAUCUUUCACCUACUUUGGCUCCAACCCUAUCUAGAGCACCCGGACCUGGACCUGGACCUGCCAAUCCUGUUGCCAGAGUUGCAUCUCCAACAUCUGUUGUUAGCCAAUCGUCUAUGUUGGCCCCAGUAGCCUUGGCCAGAGUCCCAGCAACUUAUUUGGUUGGAGAUAGCUUGGGGUGGACCAUCCCUCUUGGUGGUUCCAUCACUUAUGCCACUUGGGCUAAUGGCAAGACUUUUUUCGUUGGAGACACACUAUGCUUCUACUUCCAAAGUGGACAGCACGAUGUUGUGGAAGUACCAAAGGGAGGUUAUGAUGCUUGCGACUCAUCUACUACCAUUGGCCCCAUACUUAAUACAGGAGGUCCUGCAAGAAUCACUCUCAAAUCACCAGGAGAGCAUUUCUUUAUUUGCUCCUACCCUGCACAUUGCUCCUUUGGCCAAAAGCUAGCCAUUAACGUGACUGCCAUGACCACAGCUGCAAUGCCACCAACCAUGAAAGCUUCACCUCCAUCCAUCUCCCCUUCUAUUGCAACUCCUCCAACCUUUGCCACUUCUCCAUCAACCACUCCUUUACCUUCCACCCUUCCCACCUCAGGUCCUUCUCCUCUUUCGGUCAGUACUCCGCCAACACUUGGCCCUUCUCCAUCAAUAACUCCUUCUCCAUCUAGUUCAACUUCUCCUGUAACUUCUCCAACUUCUGCUGCUUCUCCUCCUCCAUUCACCACCCCUUCUCCUGCGUUAGCUCCUUCCCAUUCUAGAGCACCGGAGACUUACACGGUUGGAGACAGUCUAGGAUGGGUGCUCCCUAUUGGUGGUCCAUCUGUUUAUACAAAUUGGGCUUCUCACAGGACCUUUGCAGUUGGAGACACUCUAUUGUUCAACUUUGUUACGGGACAACAUGAUGUAGCUGAAGUAACAAAGUCUAGUUUUGAUGAGUGCAAUAGUAAGGCUACCAUCAUCGGUUCUCAUAUCAGCACUGGCCCUGCAAAAAUCACUUUAAAUUCCCUUGGUGAACACUAUCUCAUUUGUACCUUUCAAGGACAUUGUCAAGUGGGCCAAAAGUUAGCUGUUAAUGUUACACUCACAAGAGAUACUUAUUCUCCUUCAAGUAAUCCGGCUAGUAUAGCCAUUUCUCCAUCAAUGCUAGCUCAUGCACCAAGUGAACACAGCAAAAAGUCAAGCUCUGCCUCUUCACUCACCAUUGCUGGCUUCUUUGUUACCUCAUUAACUGCCGGAAAUGCUCUUGUGCACAAUUGUCUAAUCAUCUUUCCUAAGGAGGUCAUCUCUAAAGCUCAAAGCUCCUUCACGGACUAUGUUCAAGCUUGUGUGAUCGUUAGGCAAUCAUCUCAGCCUCCCCCUUCAAGUGAUCACUAUUGUUGGUCCCGCCCUCACUCUGGUUUUGUUAAGAUUAACACAGAUGCAGCUGUUCUUAAGAGGCACAACAAGGCUGGAAUCAGCUUCGUUGCAAGGGAUUCUAAUGGUGAAGUCCUGGCUGCAAUUUCAGAUCCUAUUCCCUUCACUUCUCCUUUAGUUGCUAAGGUGAUUGCUCUCCAAUAA